AUGGUAUCCUUUGCAUUUCUCGAUCAAAGCCUCUGCUCGCUAAUCGACCCGGCUCAUGAUCUGAUCGAUGUCAAGACCCUCUCUCCCAUCCCAUCUAGCUCACAAAUCCAACCGAGCAAGAAGAGACGCAGAUCACAGGCCAAGACCCAAACCACCCCCACCGAACCACUGCCAUCACCUCAGCGAUCGAAGAGUCAACCGGCUGAACGUCCAAUCAAGCCACUCCAGCAAUCUAAGCUAUCCAAACCUACUACUCAUCAACCUCCUCCAAACCUACCCAAGAUCCACUCCCCAUCCACCUCCUCAGUCAAUCCUGCGAAUCUCCAAAAGGAUACACCUGCUUUCAAGGGCAAGGAAAACCAUCUACCAAAGCCAGGAAUCAGAGAAAAAGAAUCAAACGAAUUCAGAGAGCGCGAGAAGAAGCAAUCAACUGUGCUUGGGAUCAAUCAAACCCAAGCUCACUCCAGCCAAAACAACAAACUUCAAUCCAAGCCACCUCAAGCGACUACCAAGGGGGCUCUUAACAUCAACCAAGGAGCCAAGACCGACUCAUCAAAAAGUAGCAAGGAUUGUUCCAGUAGUGAGACCAGUAGUCGACAAAAUCAAUCUAGUUCCGAUUCUUCCUCCGGAACUAGCUCUGAUGAUUCAUCAUCAAGCUCCUCAUCCGAGUCUGACUCUGACUCUGACUCUGAACCUGCUACAUCGGUCCCCAAGUCAACUCUUUCGGAAGCAUCGUCACAACCAUCCGAACUACCCUCGAAACGACCAAACCUCAUGGCACCGAUCACUCAAAAAAAGGUACCAAUCGUCCCCAAUCCCCAUCUGACCAUGCUCUCCCUAUCUAAUAAGAACAAACGCAAGAACCUCAAGCGGAAAUCAGGUCCUGAGCAGCUAGCUCAACCUAGCAAGAUUGUAUUCGGAUCCGGCCCAUCCGAAGAAGCUUCAAUGAGUCCAGUCAAGAGCCCCUGUUACAUGCCCCCAUCCCCCAAUCUGGGCACAGCUCCCACCUCACCCAUCCUUGCACCAGCUGAUUUACCUCAGAAAGAUUAUUUUUCAUAUGAUUAUGCGUCCUUCAAUAAUUGUAAUGAGGAGGAGGAGGGGGAGGAGCAAGAGGAGGAGUUUGUCGAUUAUUCGGUCACCCAUGCCGCUCGUUCUCAUGGCCCACCUCCCUCUGCCCGAGACUUCGAUCUAAUCCCAUCCAACGUUCUCAUCACCUCGAUCAAUGUUCUCAAUCCCUACUGGACACCUGGUCAAACCGGCGAGCGAUGGGAUUAUGAUCAGCCGACUUAUACACAGCUUGCUUACGAGCAGACGGUCAGCAAGAAGACGCGCAAGAACCGUAAGAAAUCGCUCAAACGACGUCGUAGAAUUGCAGCUAAGACUCGGCUUGCAGACCAAGGGCAACAGGGGGAUGCGGAAGAGGAAGAGGAAGACGGGGGAUCAGAUGGAUCGGAGAUUGAUGAGGAAAUCCGGAAAGACGUCGAAGACGCUUAUGCUGAAUUUAUCGGUUCAGGUGGCCACAGCUCCCAUCAACAAAACGAUCCCAAUCUCCGCCCGGACGGGCUCCUUGAAUCUCUCAAUCAGACAUGGGAUCAACUCGAGAAAGUCGACAGGAAGAGCGCCGUCCUGGGUUCUAAAGUAGCCAUUCGAACAAUUGAGCUCUCAGUAGAGAGUUUCACGCCCGAAACGAUGACCUAUUACGGCACAUUGGUUGGAACGAACGAGAGUACUCUAGCUCUGAAGCUUGACCGGGGAUGCAUACCGACUGGGCAAGGGAUGAUGGAGACGAGCGGGUAUGAUCAAACCGAUGAGGCUGCGAUGGAUGAUGAUCAAGGAGAAGGGCAAGAGUCUGACGAGGAGGAGCGGAUGGUGGACGUGAAGGAGGCUAUCAGGGCUCACCAGAGAAACGCUCUGGCUCUUGACGUCUGGGGCGGUUCGAGCGAUGUUCGUGAUUGGGAGUGGAACACGAUCAUCGAUGCUCGAAAACUCUGAAAGUUUCCUUCAGAGCCUUUUCUUUUUUUUCGUUCAUCCUCAUACUUGAUCUUGCCACCAGCUCUUGGCUCUAAUGAUUAAAAACACUAAAUUACGUAGUUCUGCGUCAGUGAACCAGUUCCUCUCAUGGAUAUUUAAUGAGUGUUUUAUGUUAUUUUUAUAACAGAAAAAAAUGAAAAAUUG